GUGUUCUCCACACGCACAAUUUCUAUUCUUUUUUACUACAACCGAAACCGAAACCAGAAAUGACAACCGAAACCACUUACGCGUGGACAACGAUGACGACGACGUUGGAAGCACGACCUUUGAUGGAAGUGGGCCAUUAUUGUUCUAUACUUCAUUUCAAUUUAUCUGCGAACGAAGCCAAAGCUAGAAGCACGAGACCAGCGCUUUGUGCGUUUCUCCCCAGUUUGCGCGCUCGAGGAAAGCCUGAACGCACGGAGCUUCCGUGCUCGCGCUUCCAGCUUUGCCUUCUCUCGCACAUAAGGUGAAACGAAGCAUACACCGCACGGUCUUUUCAAAUGUCAGUAAGCGUCUGUUAUGCGCUCGCGCCUGACAUGCUGGACCAAUAAGGCCGUCAUACGUGGACCUUUUGAUCCGAAUUUGAUUGUGAAGCUUCUGGGUCAGCCGGAGCGAUCAGAACCUAGACUGGAGCCAUCAUGAAGGCCGUCCUGGUACUCAUCCUGUGCUGUUUGCUCUACGAUCGCGUUCUGGGAGAUUUGGACCCGGCGGCUCAAGAGACAUCGAGGGCCGAUGUCAACCUGAAACACGCGAGUUUGGACGCUGAAGUGGAAAGUUCUACGUGCGACGCGACAACCUGCGAGAAGUCCAACGAAUCUGCCGGCACGACUCCAGAAGCUGACUCGGAUCGCUCGGCAGAGCAUGAUGACGAGACCGUCGAGGAUGAGUCCGACGAAGACGAGAAGACGGAGAAGGAUGCCGAAGACAUGGCGGAGGAAAAGGAGGAAUCUAAGGUUAUCGCCAUCGACAACGACCCUACCUUUACCGAUAUCGACUUGGUGAAGAUGAAUAUUAAACAAGACGAAGGCGUGUUCGUGCUCAAUAAUGACAACUUUGACCAAGCCGUCAACAACACACGGUUCAUGCUGCUCAACUUCUACGCGCCAUGGUGUGUGCAUUGUAAAAAUAUGGCUCCCGAGUACGCCAGGGCUGCCACCAUCCUGCGGGAGAAGAAGCCCCAAGUGUUGCUGGCCAAGAUAGACACCACCGUCCAACAGGCCCUGUCGAACCGCUUUGAUGUCAACAAGUACCCAACCCUGUUCAUCUCUCACAGGGGCAAGAUGACGGAGUACGAGGGAACCUUCUCUGCCGAAGGGCUUGUAGACUAUGUGUCGGAGAGAACCGACCCAACAUGGAAGGCGCCACCAGAAGCCACGAUUCAGCUCACAACCGAGACCUUUACCCCAACCAUCAACGCUGCCAAGAUUAUACUGGUUUACUUCUAUGCUCCAUGGUGCGGUCACUGCAGACGGAUGUCUCCGGAGUUUGAGCGUGCCGCACGCCGGCUCAAGGACUAUGGCAUCCCAUUGGCCAAGGUGGAUGCCACCAAGGAGAAGACCCUAGCCGAAGUGCAUGAGGUCAAGAGCUACCCCACGCUCCUCGUGUACCGCAAGGGCCGAAGGUUUCCUUACAACGGGCCCCGAGAGGAAACAGGCAUUGUGAAUCACAUGAAGCACCUCUCGGAAUUCCCGAGCAAAGAGGUUACGUCUCUGAAGCAGCUGAAGAAGGUCCAAGGGACCUUAGACACUACGAUCUUGGCCGUGCUCAACAAGAAGAAAGGUCCCUUCUACAAGGAGUACGAAGCUACAGCGAAUGCCCUCAGGGGGAAACACUUGUUUUUGCACACCUACUCGAACGACAUCGCAAAGCACUUCAAGGUGCCUCUGGAUUCGCUCGUCCUGAUGCACCCCGACCUGUUGCUGUCUCAAUAUGAAGAAAAGUUCUUCACGUUAAGCAAGUCCGAUGCCACCCAAGACCACAUGGUGCGCUUUGUGGACGAGCACCUCUACCCAUUGGUUGGACACCGCACUGCAGAAAACUUGUGGAAAUACAUCACCAAGUUCCCCCUGGUGGUGGUGUACUACGACGUCGACUUCAGCUUCGACAACAGGGACGACACCCAGCACAUCCGCAACAAGGUGUUGAAGGUUGCCCAGCAGUACAAGGGCCGGGUGACCUUUGCCAUCUCGAAUGAGGUGGAGUUUGAGGAUGAGCUCAAGCACCUGGCGCUGGAGGACACCGGGGCAGAGGUCAGCGCGGGCAUGUACCAGUCGGAGAACGAGCGCUACCGCAUGCCCCCCACUGACGACUUCAAGAGUGGCACGCUGCGCAACUUUGUAGAAUCUGUGCUCCAGGGCAAGCUGAAGCAGCACAUCCGGUCCGAGCUUCCGCCGAAAAAGCAGAACCCCAGGGUGCUGACGGUGGUCGGCUCCACGUUCCACUCGCUCAUCACGUCGUCGGACAAGGACACGCUCAUCAUGUUCCGCAGCCCAGACUGCCACAUGUGCAACGAGAUUGCUGAGGAGGUGGCCCAGACGGCCCUCCGGAUGGAGUGGAUGGUGCCCGGGGCAUUCCAGGCGGCCAUCAUAGACGCCACCCUCAACGACUACCCGACCACUUACAAGAUGGACGACUACCCAGCCAUUUUCUUUGUUUCGGCGGUGGACAAGCAGCACCCGAGGCCGUUCAGCGGCAUCCGAAAGGCCUUUGCCCUCAUCAAGUUUGUCAAGGAGAACCUCAGCACACCACUGCCAGAGAAGUUCAAGCUCAAACCCGAAGAAGCGGCCACAUCGGCCAAGGAUGAACUCUAGCUUGCCCAUCGCCCCCUCCAAAUCAUCCACUCACCAGACGCUAGUCACCAACAGGUGUGCAUUUUUUUCAGUCACUAUCCUCAUUCUCACAUGUGCCCGAAAUCUUGUUUUAUCUCUAUAGUGUUUUGUGACAUCUUCACCCAAGUGUUAAUGUAGGGGUCCUUAGUGUUGCAUUUUCUCGCAAUCGUGCAAAACUGACUUCCUAAAAGGGAAGCAGUGAAGUGUGUGUGUGUGUGCAUGUGUGCACGAGCAUGUGCCCAAUAAAGAGCUUAUUUUGUUUCAAA